AUGAUUCCAUGGGAGUGGAUAAGUAUUGGAAACUGCUUGUUCUCUGUAGUCGCCUGUGUGUUUUUAACUAUUUCAUAUGUUGCAAGUCUGUAUGUGUGGAGAACAAAAGAAAACAGAGACCAUCCAAGUACUAUUAAAAGAAGAUUCUUCAGUGUAUUUAUUAUGAUGAUGCUUGCCCCCUUAUUUACAUACUAUUUCCUUAAUAAACCGUUGGACAUAAGAGAAAUGUAUGAAAAAAUGGGUUUGAGAGAAGAGGGAUUUGUUCAAGCCCUAAUCUUACCAUUAUUACUGACAGUUAUUUUAUUCUUAGGACCACUAUCUAUGCAAUUAUUUUCUGGAGCAUGGAGAAUUUACAUUGAACCAAUGUAUUGGAUAUCAUGUUGGCAAGAUUUAGUUUGGGUUAGAAACCAUAUUAUGGCACCAUUAAGUGAAGAAUGGGUCUUUAGAGCAUGCAUGAUGCCUUUGUUACUACAAUGUUUGAAUCCAAUGUCAGCGGUUUUUAUUGGACCUUUACUAUUUGGGAUUGCUCAUUUUCAUCAUGUAUUUGAACAAAUUAAGGCUGGAUAUGAAAUUAAGACAGCAUUAAUUGUUUCUACUUUUCAAUUUACAUACACUACAAUGUUUGGUGCUUAUUCAUCAUUUUUGUUCUUGAGAAGCGGUCAUUUUAUUGCACCAUUAAUGGCCCAUAUUUUCUGCAAUCACAUGGGUUUCCCAAACUUUAGUGACGUUGCUCUGUUUCCUCCCCUAGAGCGUUUUGUUAUUGUCUGUAAUUAUCUAUUAGGAUUUGGACUGUGGUGCUACCUCUUAAAUCCAAUGACUAGUCCUGAUCUAUAUUAUAAUAAACUAAAUUUUGUUACCUGA